GAUUCUCUUCCACUCUUGGUUUUCCUGAACAAGAAGCAACAAUACGACUUUGGAAUUCCCCGUCUCAAUGGAGAACGAAGCUCAAGACGCAAGCAACAACAACACUGCCCUAAUCAACUCCUUUUGCGAGAUCACAUCAGCCUCCAAAGAAGAAGCUAUCUUCUUCCUGGAGAGCCACCAAUGGGAUCUCGACGCCGCUGUUUCAACCUUUCUUGACGACGCCAUGGCGAACCCUACUGUCACUGCCCCCGUACCCUCGAAUCAGUCCCCCCACCAACCCUCCCUGUCUGCGUCGCCCUCGCCAUCCGGAUCGCCUGAUUACGCCCCGUCGCAGUCGGAUUCGCCACCUAGGUCUCGUUCCCCGUCCCCUGCUCCAUCUCGUGGUGCUUACAUGCUCCGGUCAGCCCGUGGCGCGGAGAAGAAGCCACAGAGGGCUGGUGGUUCCAGGAGCCGUGGAGGCGUGCGCACGCUUGCUGAUCUCAAUCAGAGCCCACGUGAUGGAUCCGGGAGUGACUCCGAUGAGCCGCAAGAAUACUACACUGGUGGCGAGAAGAGUGGAAUGCUUGUCCAGGAUCCUACCAAAGCUAAUGAUGUGGAUGAUAUAUUUAAUCAAGCUAGACAGGCAGGAGGAGUGGAAAGACCUGCUGAAAAUCUUCAACCUUCUUCAAGCUCAAAAGCCUUCGUCGGAACAGCAAGAAGACUCUCAGGGGAGACAGUGUCUUCUGUUCCUCGGCCCCCUGAGGCUGUAAAUCAUGUUGUCACUUUCUGGAGGAAUGGCUUUACAAUAGAUGACGGUCCUCUGCGGAGGUUGGAUGAUCCUCAGAAUGCAUCCUUCUUGGAGAGCAUUAAGAACUCUGAGUGUCCGCAAGAGCUGGUACCCGCAGAUAGGAGGACCCGCGUGUCUGUUGAUCUUGUGCGGCGAAAUGAAGACUACUCUGAACCGAAGAGGGGUAGUAUUCCAUUCCAGGGUUCUGGAAGAACUUUAGGUAGCAGCACCUCUGCUGAUGCUCCUGCUGCUUCUGAACCAAAUGCCGGAGCCAAUUUAACGACAGCUCCAUUGCCAUCAGCCGGUCUGAUUGUAGAUUCAUCAUCCCCAUCAACAUCAAUUCAAAUCAGGUUGGCAGAUGGCACACGUAUGGUUUCACGCUUCAACUACCAUCAUACAAUCGGAGAUAUCCGUGCUUUCAUUGAUGCAUCCAGAACUGGUGGAGCCAGAGGUUACCAACUUCAAACAAUGGGAUUUCCUCCUAAGCAACUGACUGAUUGGGAUGAGACAAUAGAGCAAGCUGGCAUCGCUAAUUCAGUUGUCAUCCAAAAGUUUUAGCUUACUGCUGGUGGUUUAGGACUUCUGAUUCAUUGAAUGUACUAAAAAAAUUGCUCUUUCCCAUUAAACUGCGCCAGAAAGAUUUGAAUGAUUAUGUUGGCAUAUAUUCCAACAAUUUGCUUAUCUUGAUUAGGCUCGUUUAUAUUUUCGGAUUCA